AUGCUUUUAGUCAUCCUCGCAUGCCUGGCCCUCCAACCCGUUGCGGCCGUCUUGAUUCCCUUCGACAACUGUCUUGACAGCAGUUAUACGCGUACUGAACCGAAUAAAACCGCGACUCUGCAAUGGAGUGCGCUCUACGUCGAUGCCCGCUUUGAAACAGACGACCCAGGCCACAACCUCCAGGUCAUCGUCUGGGGCAAUGUGUCUGGCUCUUACACAAAUCCUGUCGGAACUGCCCCUGCCUGGAACGAUCCGGACUGGAGAGAUGAUAGCAAAGAAUACGGCAAAAUUCUAGACAAACCCGACAACGGCAACGUCACGACUCUUCAAACAAAAGUCAAUGUCCUGAGCUAUCAGCCUUACUUCCAUAGAAGCGCUUUCUGCAACGGCAGCAUUGCCAACGAUACAGGAAGCCUUAUCAACGGCAGCUGUCCGCUGGCGCCCACGUUCAAUACUUCAGCAUUUGAGAGUCCCUACGGCAACUUACCCGCCAUCAAGUUGUCUCAAGACUUUAACGCUUCGUACGCCUUCUCGUCGUUCGCCCCGACGUUCCUGCUCAUUUAUGGCAACAAAGGAGCCACUCAAAUCGGCUGUGUCUCUGCAACGGUGACGCCCGACCUCGGCAGUCUAUCUGCGCUACUGCGCUACCUUCCACUCGUGGUUCUGCUCUUUGUUGGCUUUGCUACCAUGUUCGCCUCCAUCUUCAGCCCCUCAGGCUCAACCGACAUCUUUCACUGGACGACGAACUAUGGCCGAGAUGAUAAUCUGCUGCGCCUGGUCACACCCGGCUUUGGAGACUGUCUCCAGUACAUCCAAUUCGUCGCUCUUACCGGCGGAUUGUCCAUCAACUAUCCUGGUUUCUACCAGCCGGUUACCAGUCAGGUCGGCUGGUCAGCGCUGAUGUUCAACGAGAGUUUUGUCAGCAAGUCAACCGGCUGGCAGGCGAUUCAAGAUGGCAUCUACGUCACCAACGGUACCUAUGGGCUGCACCGGUAUGCGCAGAUGGUGGGCAUGACCGAUGUUGAAGAUAUCUGGGCCGGUACCAUGGUCUGGGUCUGCGUAAUAGUGGCGGCUCUCUUCGUCCUGAUCCAGCUUGGCUUUUUCUUCCGCUGGAUCUUCCGGCUCAUAAGCGAUACCCCUGAGGAGGACCUUCGCGCCAAGAACAUACCAUUCUCGGUCGGGAACGUCGUGCGGGUCGUCUUCAACUACCUCCUGCUGCCGAUCGUCGCUCUGUCGACGUUCCAGCUUGUCGUCGCUGGCCAGUCUCGCGAAUUCGCUGUCGCUCUAGCUGUUAUCACUCUGCUCAUCCUGGUAUGCUUCGCUGCUUGGUUACUAUAUCUAAUCAUCAGAACCAAACCAAGGGCGGUGCUAUUCGAUGAUCUGCCGACCGUUCUUCUGUAUGGGCCACUUUACAACACCUACUCCGAUGAAGCCGCAGCCUUCGCUCUGAUACCCGUGAUCCUGACUUUCGUACGAGGCAUCACUAUCGGGGCCGUGCAGCCAGUAGGUAUUGCGCAGAUCGUCAUUCUUGCUAUAUGCGAGGUCAUAUACGUGUUGACUCUGCAUGCAUUCCGACCUUUCUCGUCUCCGACGUCAAUGAACGCCUAUCAUACUCUGUUUUCGGUUCUUCGUUUCGCAACUGUCAUGCUGAUGGUCGCAUUCGUACCUCAGAUGGGAGUUACAGAGGGGCCAAAGGGGUGGAUAGGCUACACUAUCUUGCUCAUCCACGCGUGUGUACUGGUACUUGGGUUCUUCCUCAACGCGCUGCAGACUAUCAUUGAGGUCACCGCAAAUAUUCUCGGGGCUGGAGGCGAUGAGACUCGAGGUCUUUCGCAUGGAGGCUUGUCCAAGAUUUUCGGCAUGCGCCAGUUGCAACGGCGCACUUCCCGACGACGAAACGGCCCCUCCCGAGCAAGCCAGCUCUCGACCACGGGCAUGCUCGACGCUGACGAAACAUCAAAAACCGGCUACAUCAUGCGUGGCGGUAGACUAAGGAGUGAGUCGGCAGGCAGCGGUUUCUUGCUCAGAAGCCAGCAACGCAGUUCUUCCGCGCUUGACAGCAUCGACCCGUACACUGGACAGGUUCGCAACUUUGAUAGUGCCAGCAACUUUACGCCAACCACCCCUGGCGAGGUCACGUCAUUCUCAUUUCUACCCUCGCCCGCGGCUGCAACUCGGCCACCAGCUGCCGUCACUGUCGAGUCCGCCGAUCCAUACUACCGUCCGCCGCGACGUCGUGGAGAUACCAUCAACGGCUCGUCAACAUCUCUCAAUCGGAACUCAGUCGCCGAGUCGCGCCGCUACAGCCAGGCGGGCACACACUUGGGAGAAGCUGCAGCAGACUUGGAGGCGCAACGGGGGCCCACGCCUGCCCCCCCUCAAGCCAUUAACUUGACGCCAAGGGCCGACUACUCGACGAGAGAGGUCGAUUUCUACUAUGGGGUCCGGGGUCCGGCUCUGAACUCCGAGGGUGUUGGUCGUAAGCUCGGAACUGGCCCUGCAGACCCUACCGGCCCCAUGUCCUCUGCUGCAGGAUGGUUCCGCAACUUCUUUGGUGGAAAGACCAAGGAGAAGGGUAAAGGAUUCGAAGUUGUUCGAAGCUCGAGGAUGCCGCCGGCGAUGCGCGCGGCAGCUAAUGCGGAAUAUGUUGCAGAGCCCCCACCGGAAGGAAUUCCUGUGGCGAUGGGUGUCUUGAGAAACGGGCCAAUAGAGUCUGACGACGAUGAGCCCAAGAGCAAAACUGCACGGAAGGCUGCGCAGAAUGGAGAGACUGCACAGAAUUCGGACAACCUGCUUAACGAUGACGGACUCUCUGUUGCGUCGUCUGAAUCCGAAAUCGAGGCCGUCAGUAUCCCAAAGGUUGCCGACGCACCACCCACUCUUCCCGGGAUUGCGAGCUCAGGAAGCUUCAAGCUGCCAAGUCGAGUGGCGUCAAAGGCGAGUCGACAGGCAUCCCAGAGACACAGACGGCGAUCCACAGAGUCGGAUACUCCCGAGAUUCCAAGGAAGAGUUCUAAAAGGGAUUCAGGCAUGAUGACCCGUGGGCACUCGCCUACGCCCUCUUUCAACCUCAUCCCGCCUACGUCGCCUACGGGGCCCCUUCCUGGUCUGUCCAGUGGCGAGGUCACUCAAAUGCCCGGCAGCCUGACUUCGUCGCCUGCACCAGGACGACUUCCUUUCGAGCGAUCUAAUUCUCACCAGAAACGCUUGUCUUCGAACGGGUCAUCGUUGGAGGAAUUCAAUAUUCGCAGAACGCCAAGCACCGAUCGACCGACAAGUUAUGGCGUCGUAGCACAGCAUAGUAUCAGUAGAGUGGACCCUGGCUCAGAUCAGGAGGUCGACUUGCUGGGUACUUCAGCAGAGCUUGUUGAUGAGCGAGGCCCCUCAAGUCGGAGCUCAUCGGCGGAAGGACGGGCUCGCUGA